AAAAAUUCCACGAAUACGGAGCCAUUUUGAUAAACUCUCAUUUUCAACUUAUGCGAACUCGAAAAUCGUGUUUAUUUAUAUUUGUUUAUCUAUUAUUCUUAGAAUAUUAUCAAUUCAUCAGAUAGUUAAAUUAGAAACAUACACAAACUUAUACUGUAAAUAGUAUAUUCAACAAUACUCCGAAAUUGACUUUCAUUAAGAUGCUCCUUUUAGUUUAGUUGAAAAUCCAGAAGCAUGUUCUGAUUCUUGUUGAAAUAGUGACAUUCCCACGUGUUUUUUAUGCACGGCUAACCUUUUUAGACGGCUAUAUUAUAUUAGUUUGAAAGUAAUAAUUUAUUAGUAAUAAUAAAUGAUUGUUCAAACAUGAGUAACAAAAAUAUGGAGAAAUUAUCAAAGAGUUUGCAGGCUGUUUGUGAUAAAAUUCCUUCAUUUCAUAAAUUCAAAGAUAUAUUUAUCAAAUAUCUCCCGGAGGAGGGUUCAGAUGAAGAUUCUUACAAAAAUGCAGUAGAAAAUUUUUGCAAUCAUGUGCUAUUAAAUCCUAAAUAUACUCAGCACGUGGCAGAAUGCUUUCCUCAAUUUUUAAUUUAUUUAUUAACAAUAACAAUACCAACGAGAUCAGAUGUAUUUGAUACAGCACAAUCCAAUGUAUCAAUUCAUAGAUUGAAUUGUGUCAUUCUAGGACAACUGAUAUCUGUACAUCCAGAUGUAUUGGAAUUUACUCUACGUUAUUUUGAUACACAUUCAGCUCCUUUCGAAUCUCCUGAAAAAACAGUUCCAAUAAAAAUGCCCAAGAAAUACCAGGUAAUUUUUGAUAUUCAACCUGUGACUGAUUAUGAUAUAGUUUUAUCAACAUAUAAUAUUCUUCAAACUGCUCCAAAUCAUUUCAAACACAAAUGGAAUUGGUCUCUGUUUUAUCAUUUCUUAAAUAAUGAAAAUAAUGAAUUACAAUGGUAUGCAUUAAAGUGUGUGGCCAUCAUUUUAAAUAUGUCAGAAUUUGCAAUGGUGAGUGUAGCUAAAGCACUUAUUCCUAAUUUUGAAAAUUUUUUAACGAUUAAACAGAGGUCUCAUAUUGAUACACUAAUAACCGUUGAUGAAAACAGUAUUGAUGAAUUACAAAAAAUAGUUGAACACUGUAAUUGUUUAGUAUCAGUAGCAGGUGUAUUAUUACCUGUAGUAGGUGAAAGAAUUCAAGAAAAUCCACCUUUAAUUCAAGUGCCGUCCAUGAAAUCUAACUUACGAAAUUUAGCAUUAGCAGUUGUGUCAAGAAAAUGCGUUUGUCUUCAAGGACCAGUAGGUUGUGGAAAAACUUCUUUAAUUGAAUACUUAGCAAAUAUAACAGGUCGAGGACCUUCAGACUUUAUAAAAGUACAGUUGGGUGAUCAAACAGAUUCGAAGAUGUUGUUGGGUACCUAUAGAUGUACUGAUAUUCCGGGAGAAUUUAUUUGGCAACCCGGAGUAGUAACUGAAGCGGUAGUAUCAGGAAAAUGGUUACUCUUAGAAGACAUUGAUAGCGCAGCUCUUGAUGUUGCCAGUGUUUUAAGUAAUCUUAUGGAAACAGGAAGUCUAUCAGUACCAGGAUAUCGUGAUACAAUUUAUGCUCAAACGGGUUUUCAACUUUUUGUUACUCAACGAUUAGUUUCUUCAGCAUCUGGAUUUUAUCGUCAAUCUACAAGCGUUUCUAAUUUAUUAGAAAAACAUUGGCUGUGUGUGAAUAUGGAUCCUUUAACCAAAGAAGAAUUAAUUAUUGUAGUGAAGGAACUUUUUCCGUCGCUUUCAACUAUAACAGCAAGAAUAAUUGAUGUCUUUUUAAUGUUCUCUAUGGGUAGUCACGAAAAUGAUUAUAAUGAAAAAUUAUCAAUUGCAAGUGGAAGAUUGAUUUCGACUCGUGAUUUAAUAAAAUGGUGUAGCCGAGUUAUUGUAGAUUAUGAUGUGUCUUCACCUGAAUCUGCUUUAAAAGUGUUUCAAAAUGCAAUAGAUAUUUUUUGUUGUUCAGUUCCUGAUCAAAAAAAACGAUUAGAUUUUGCUCUAUCUAUUGCACCAAUUUUAGGAAUAGUAAAAACAAAGGCUGAAUAUUUUUUUAAUAUUUAUAAACCACAAGUUUCGAUUUCUACGGAUCUAUUUGUUGCUGGACGAGCAAAACUUCAACGCAAAGUAACUCAAUUCCUCGAGUUUGAUCAUUCAAAAGUGAAUUUUUCAUUUACCAGGCCUAGUGCAAAUCUUUUAGAAAGAAUCACUUGUUGCGUGAAUCAAAAAGAACCUGUUUUAUUAGUUGGAGAAACUGGAACAGGAAAGACUAGUGUUAUACAAUUUCUAGCAAAAAGCGCAGGUCAUAAAUUAAUAGUAAUAAAUAUGAAUCAACAAAGUGAAUCAGUUGAUCUAUUGGGAGGCUAUAAGCCUGUGAAUAUUAAAAUUCUUAUUAAACCGAUCCGAGAAGAGUUUGAAUUACUUUUUCGUUCUUAUUAUGCGGUUGAGCCUAAUAAAAAAUUUCUUGAGCAUGUUGCGACUUCUUAUAAAUACGAAAGAUGGAAAACUUUAGUUAGAUUAAUGCUUCACAGUACUAAUGCAGCUUUGAAACGCCUAGAAGGGCAGAAUAAAGAAAUCACAGUGGGAAACAAGAGAAAAAGUAGCAAUAGUAGUAAUAAUUAUGAAGAAAAUAAUGAAACAUUAUUGAGAUGGAAAAGUCUUUCAACAAAAUUAGAGAAAUUAAAAGGUCAAGUGAAGACUGAAUUUUCUUUAGCCUUUGCAUUUGUUGAAGGUAGUUUGAUAAAAGCUUUGCAAAAAGGAUAUUGGAUUUUGCUCGAUGAAAUCAAUUUAGCGUCAUCAGAAACACUAGAGUGUUUAUCAGGACUAUUAGAAGGAUCAUCAGGCUCUCUUUCACUUCUUGAAAGAGGUGAUAAAGAAUCUAUCAAAAGACAUAAAGAUUUUACUAUUUUUGCUUGUAUGAAUCCAGCUACAGAUAUUGGCAAAAAAGAACUUCCUGUUGGUUUAAGAAAUAGAUUUACAGAAUUUUUUGUUGAUGAAUUAACUGAAUCAAAAGAUCUUCAUUUUCUUGUUAAUUCAUAUUUAGAGAAUUUAAAUCUUCCUUCUACAAAAAUCGAUGCAAUUGUUAAAUUUUAUUUAAAAGUUCGUAAAGAAGCUGUUAAUUCAUUAAGUGAUGGAACAGGUCAUAAACCACAUUUCAGUUUAAGAACAUUGUGUCGAGCAUUAAGCAUUGCAGCUUCAAAUCCAUGUGGAAAUAUUACGCGAUCGUUGUAUGAAGCUUUUUGUCUAAGUUUUCUAACUCAAUUAGAUCAUCAAUCUUAUCCAAUUGUACAACAGAUGAUUACACGGGUAAUAUUAGACUCAAAUAACGUGAAAACCGUUCUCAAUGCUCCUAUCACCAAACCUACAUGUUCUUUUGAUACUGAUUAUAUUAAUUUUGAAGGAUAUUGGGUUAUAAAAGGUACUCUGCAACCAGAAAUUCCAAAUAAUUAUAUUCUGACAAGUUCCGUUCGUCGAAAUCUAAAAGAUCUUGUGAGGGUUGUUUCAAUAGGUAAAAUGCCUGUUUUACUACAAGGAGAUACAUCUGUGGGGAAGACAAGUUUAAUUACUUAUCUAGCAAAAGCUUCCGGGCACGUCUGUGUGAGGAUUAACAAUCACGAACAUACAGAUCUUCAAGAAUACGUCGGUAAUUAUGUAGUUAGUGAAACUGGAAAAUUGGUAUUUAAAGAAGGUGUUCUAGUUGAAGCAAUGCGCAAAGGAUAUUGGAUUAUUUUAGAUGAAUUAAAUUUAGCACCAAGUGAUGUAUUGGAAGCUUUAAAUCGAGUUCUUGAUGAUAAUAGAGAGCUGUUCAUACCUGAAACCCAACAGACUAUCAAAGCUCAUACCAAUUUCAUGCUUUUUGCAACACAAAAUCCUCCAGGAAUUUACGGAGGACGAAAAGUUUUAUCUAGAGCAUUUAGAAAUCGAUUUGUUGAACUUCAUUUCAAUGAAAUACCUGCUAAUGAAUUACAGACUAUUUUACAUGAACGAUGUACCAUGCCGCAAUCUUAUUGUAAACAAAUAAUAAAUGUGAUGACGGAACUUCAGAUUAGAAGAAAAAGCACAGCAACAUUUAUGGGAAAGCAAGGAUUUAUCACGUUAAGAGAUUUGUUCCGGUGGGGUGAAAGAUAUAGAAUAGCUCCAAAUGUUGAAUCUCUAUAUGAUUGGAGUCAGCAUCUUGCUGAUGAAGGAUAUUUAGUUUUAGCAGCUAAAGUAAGACGACCUGAAGAAGCUGAAGAAAUACGAGAAGUGAUAAAAAAACAUUUAAAGCGAGAUGUUGAUCCAGAAAACUUAUUUUCGCUUCAUAAAAAUACUUCUUCCGUCACCAGACCUAUUUUAGAGAAACUUUUGGAAAAAAAUAUUCCUGGAUUCGAAAAUAUUGUUUGGACAUAUCAUAUGAGAAGGAUGGCAGUAUUGGUGAUUAAAUCUUGUGAAUUUAAAGAACCAGUUUUGUUAGUAGGAGAGACUGGAGGUGGAAAGACAACAGUUUGUCAACUAGUUGCAGCAAUAAGAAAUAAAAAGCUCUUUGUAGUUAAUUGUCAUAUGCAUACUGAGUCCUCCGAUUUUCUCGGUAACUUGAGACCAAUAAGAGACCAUUCAAAAAAUGAUAAAAAAUUGUUCGAGUGGAUUGAUGGCCCAUUAAUUGAAGCAAUGAAGAAUGGAGAUAUUUUUCUAGCUGAUGAAAUAUCCCUUGCAGAUGACAGCGUAUUAGAAAGAAUGAAUUCUCUUUUGGAAACUGAAAGAAGUUUAUUGUUAGCUGAGAAAAAUACAGAUUCUUUUGAUUCUAAAGAAUCAGAUUGCGUGAUCACUGCUCAUGCGGAUUUUUGUUUUAUUGGCACAAUGAAUCCUGGUGGUGAUUAUGGAAAAAAAGAAUUAUCUCCGGCUUUGAGAAAUAGAUUUACUGAAAUUUGGUGUGAAGGUUGUGUUUCUAAUGAUGAUCUUCAACAAAUUAUUCAGCAUAAUUUAUUGAAUUCAUUAAAGAAUCAAGCGGAUAUUAUUUCAAAUGGAAUUAUUCACUUCCUAGACUGUUUAAAAGCUUCGGAAAUUGGUAAAAAAAUUACUGUAAGCAUCAGAGAUGUUUUGACGUGGAUAGAUUUUAUUAAUACAUGUCAAAAUAAUAGAAAUAAUUCGAAAUUGUCUUUGGAAACAAUAUUUGUCGAAGGGGUUCGUCUUACUUAUCUUGAUAGUCUUGGCUCUGGAAUUACAAGCACUGAAAACAGAGAUAAAUUAAAAUUAUUCGAAGAAAGCAUGUUGAAGUCAUUGGAACCUUAUCUUAGGAAGUUGAGAAGCUCUGAUAAAAUAAUAUGCGACGAAGAUACGACAAAUUGUAAAGAACAGUUCGGCAUUGAACCUUUUUCUAUAGAUAUAGGUUUGAAAGGAAAAUGCAAAGACGUGAAUUUUGUAUUUAAUGCUCCUACAACUCGAUUGAAUGCGUUGAAAAUUUUACGUGCUUUGCAGUUAAAAAAACCUGUUCUUCUCGAAGGAAGUCCUGGAGUUGGAAAAACGAGUCUAGUAUCUGUUAUCGCAAAAUCAAGUGGACAUGAUUUGCUGAGAAUAAAUUUGAGUGAUCAGACUGAUGUUUCUGAUCUGUUUGGGGCGGAUCUACCGGUUGAAGGUGGUAAAGGAGGUCAAUUUGCAUGGAAAGAUGGUCCUUUUUUACGAGCAUUGAAAGCUGGUGACUGGAUUUUAUUGGACGAAUUAAAUCUAGCAUCUCAAUCAGUCCUUGAAGGAUUGAAUGCGUGUUUGGAUCAUCGAGGAGAAAUUUAUAUUCCAGAGUUGGGUCGCUCAUUCAAUGUGAAACCUGACACGAAAUUAUUUGCAUGUCAAAAUCCAUUAAAUCAAGGUGGUGCAAGACGAGGAUUACCUAAAAGUUUUUUAAAUAGAUUCACUCAAGUUUUCAUUGAUGCUUUAUCUAAUGAUGAUUUAAAAAUCAUUACAUUACAACAAUUUCCUGAAUUAGGUGAGCAAAUAAUUGAUAAAAUUGUGAAAUUUAAUGCUGUGAUAGCAUCGGAAGCUGGUGUUUCUUGGGCUUAUAAUGGAACUCCAUGGGAAAUGAAUUUACGAGACAUUACACGAUGGUGUGAAUUAAUUUGUAGAGCAUCAGAAGAACCAAACGCAGCUGCCGAGGCUGUAAAAUUAAUUUAUGCUGAUCGAAUGCGAACUGCAGAUGAUAAAAUGAAAGUUAUGCAACUAUUUUAUAAUAUAUUCAAGCAACCAAUAAUGAGAGAUAAACAGCCAUUUAUUUAUAUUAAUGAGGAAAAUGUAUAUUUUGAUGAUAUUGUUUUGCCACGCACAACAGACUCAUUUAUAUCAGAUCAAAAUUUGCUGGUAUUAAGAGAUCAAAUUCCUGUUUUAAAAAGCCUUGCGGAGUGUGUUCAAAUGAAGUGGAUGCCAAUUGUGGUAGGUUCAUCGGGAACUGGAAAGAGCAGUGUUGUUCGAGUUUUAGCGCAAUUAGCAGGACAAAAGCUACGUUCAAUUGUUGUCAAUUCUGCAAUGGACACUACGGAAAUCCUUGGAGGUUUUGAACAAACGGACUAUAACCGGCACUUGGAAGAACUGAUUGAGAGGACAGAGAAAGUUUUGAUUGAAGUCUUGAGGGCGAAACUGGAUAAGAAAAGUCUGAAACAAGUCAGUGAGUUUCAUCGACAACUGGAAAAGAUUAGACACCUGUCUUUUGACAAGAGUCUUUCAACCACGAUGGCCAUCGAGACAGAAAUUUUUUUACAACGAACAAAAGAGCUCUCUACAUUAAUUUCUGCUAUGGAAACACUCGACACAUGUUCAGGAAAUGUAGAAUUAGCGUCAAUCAAGGAUAAACUUACAAACUUGUCACACUUUGUAAAACAAGAUAAUUGUUUAAAUGCUGGAGGGAAGUUUGAAUGGGUGGACAGUGUGCUUGUUAAGUGCUUACAAGAUGGAACAUGGCUUUUAGUGGAUCAAGUGAAUCUCUGUAGUCCAGCAGUUUUAGAUCGAUUGAAUGGGCUACUUGAACCCGGGGGAGUACUUACUGUUGGUGAAAGAGGUGUUGAUAAUGACGGUCGAAUCCAUACAAUAAAGCCUCACCAAAACUUUCGACUUUUCCUAACAAUGGAUCCACACUAUGGUGAAAUAUCGAGAGCAAUGAGAAAUAGAGGAGUUGAAAUUUAUCUCUUAGACCAUAAGAAAAGUUAUCAAGAAAAUGACUUAGACAUAAAAUCAUUGAUGUACAAUACAGGAUUAACAAGAAAUAACCAUCAAGAGAUUUUGUUAAACAUUCAUCAAGAAGUUUCGAGCCAACAGCUUUUAACAGAUAAACUCAGCACAAUCCAACUACUGCACUGUGCCUUUCUGAUUACUCAGCAAAUAUCAAGAGGAUUUUCUGUGAGGGAAGCAUUCUUUACUUCUUGUAUAGAUGUAUAUAUUAAGUCUCAAUACAUCCAACAGCCUGAAAUCAAAAAUCGUUUGAUGUCAAUUAUAGAGAGAAUAAUUGAUAAAUUCAACGUUACACAAAGCAUCCCACCAGUAAUUGACCUAAGUGCAGUAACUUGGAACAUUCGAGAUCUGCAAGAAAAUGCUCAGUUAACUGUAAUUUCCCAACAGGGAAUUUUUUUAAUGUCUCUUAAAACUAGAUAUCUUCAAGACCCAUCUAGAAAUGCAACGACAAAAUUCUUGAACGAUUAUUUGAAUAUGAAAGAAUGUGGUAAUUUUAUUGAUAUGGAAAUAACGAAAAUUUUCCCUUACGUUUUACUGAACUUUUUUGAAAAGUCUUCCAUUAAAGAUAUUUCUAUGAGGAACGUUUGGUUGAAUAAAUUUAUAUGCGAUUCUACUUCACAAAAUCAAUUUUUAUUAUCAUUUAAAAAUAAAAUUGAACAAAUAACUUAUGAGAUCUUGAAAUCAGAUAAAAUAUUCAACGCUUCUCGUCCAUGGUAUCAAACAGAAUCUUUUGACAUAACUCAACCACUUUGUUUAAGAAUGUAUAUGAAAAUGAUCGAUUUUAACUAUCCGGAAAAAUUAGAACAAAAUAAAAAUAAAAAUAUUAUCACAGUAGAAGAAUACUCUAAAAAGGUUCAUAACUAUAAUCUACAAGAAGAUAACAUUAUACCAUUAGUAACGAAUUUUGUUCCAUUCGCUACAAAUAUUCAUCAAUGGAUUACCAAUUAUCUUUAUAAUUUAUCUCAAUGUGAUCAUAAAAAAUACAUUGAAAUACGAUUAAAUCUUCAAUGGUUCCGAAGAUUUUAUAAACAAGGGCAACUAAUGUUUAUAGAUAAAUCACAGAAAGGACAAACAGAGAACAAUUUUACGAAAAUGCUAUUAGUUGUUCAUUAUAGAUGGUUAAGAAAAUUACUAUUAAAAUAUUUUGAAGAACCAAAAAGUACUGAGGAUCAUGAUGACAAUAAAAAAAUAGAGGAAACAUUGAAAACAUUAAUAUCUGAAUUCGAUAAUUUUUUGCAUUAUCAAAAGUCUUUUAAAAAAUUAGCAAAAAAAGUUAAGAGACAAUUAAAUAUCAUGCGUCCAUUUACAUCACAAACAAUGAUUGAUGGAUAUAAGAAAAUUACUAAUUAUUCUAAAAACUUUUUAUUACCACUUCAAAAACCGAUUGAUAGACAAUUUAAUUUAAUACUAUUACAACUGGAUGAAUCUAUUGAGAUAAAGUCAGAUUUAAUAAUUAUUUGGGAAGAAAUUUUCAAUGAUCGAUUUAAUGAAAGAAUGUUGAAUAAUAUAGGAACAUAUAUUAAUGAAUUUCACGAUGAAUAUGAAUUAGAUUCUCAAACAAACGUGAAAAUUGUUUAUAAAAAAAUACUUACCAAUUAUCCGAGGGAAUAUUUAAUAAAAAUAUCAAUGGAUGUACAACUUUGGCCGUUAUAUGAAUAUGGAUUCAUUCUUUUUGUGUACAAAAUUCAUCGACAAUUAAGUGAACAUUCAUAUAAAAAAAGCAAUGAUAAUGAGAUGAUAAAUGGAAUUAACACUAUAAAUAAUUUUUUGAAAUUUUUAAAUCUUCCUACUCAUUUAGUUGCAAUAUUAAAAGUAACUUUAUCAAAAAUUGAUAAUAAACCUGAACGUGAAAGAUUAUUACCAGAAUUGUUGAGACAUUUAUUUCAAUAUCAAGGUAAUUAUCAAUUCUGUAAUAUUCAUAAAUUCACUUCUUACUUAAAUUCGCCGUUUGAUGAAAUUAUCAAUCAGACUGAUUUUCCGAAUUAUUCAGACCAAUUAUCUGACACAAACGAAAAUAAAUUAAAUUAUUCUGAUAAUAAUCCAGUAUUAAUACAUACAUUAUCAAGGUUAUUAUUGGCUAACGAUGGAAAUAAAGAUGAUUCCGUUGUUUCAAUUGCUCCAUUAGGACUUUAUAAAAUUCAUUUAGAUCAAAUGAAAAUGGUAAAUGAUAUGCUUUGGCGUAAUAGCAUACCAUUAAAUUCAAAAAAAUAUAAUUAUAUUGAAAAUGAUGAGAAAUCUUUAAUAUCCUACAUAAAUUCAUAUUUAAAAGCUAUUGAAAAUGUUGAAAACAAUUGUAAUGUUCGUGAAUUAAUUAUUCAUGAUUCAAAUGAUCCUAUCAUUACUAAUAAUACGAAUAAUGAACGAUCGUAUAAUGUUUGUUAUAAAAAUCCUUUAGAUAAAUUAGUAAUGAUUAAAAAUCGAUUACAGUCAGAUGAAAAUACAUCAAAAGCAGCUGAUCGUGGUCUAGCUUGGAUUUAUUUAGGUUUACAUCAAUUAUUUUUAUUCAGCCAUUUAGGAUUCAUUGAUCCCGUAAUAAAAACAGAAUUAAAAUUAUCGUACACUCAUGAAGAUAUCAACGAUUUAAUAACAAUAAUUUCUUCCAAUACUUUAGAUUCGUAUCUAAUGAAUGAUCACGGUUGGAUUGGAAGAGGAAACACAUCUAGAUUAUCUGAAGUUAACAAAUGUUUAGAGAAUUCAUACAAAAAUCACACUGAAUUGAUGCAAUCAAAAGGAUAUCGAUCUUCACAUGUACCUUUUGGAGAUUUAGUUAAACAAGUUUCUUGUUUCCGAGGAGAUGUUGGAUCACCAGAGUAUAUUAUAAAUAGUGCAGAGAAUACACAUAAUGCCAUUUUAAAAUUAUUACAAAAUGACAAGUUUAAUUUAAAAAAGUCUAUUGAAAUUGCACGACAUGCGUCAGAAAUAUUAAAAAGUCGUCAAAGCACUUGGCGUGCUAUUAUGAAUUCAUUAGAAGAUAAAUUUUUGGUUAAUUAUCGUGAGCUUGUGACUCCAAUAAUGACGGGUCUAACACAAAUUAUUCAUGGAGCUGAUAUUUUAGUUGAUGAAAAUAAUCGAUUAAUUGUCACAGAAGAGACAAGAGUUAAUUUAUCAACUGCUGAACAUUUUUUACAACAUUUCGUUCAAUUUCCAACAAUUGGACCGAAUCAACAAAGUAUACUUCAGCUUAUAGAUUUAUAUUCAUCACAAAAUGGAAGAGAAUUUAUUAAAACACAUUUAGAUAAAAAGGAUCGAUUCAAAGCUUUAAUAGAACUCUUUAAUAUGUUAAAAAAUGCUCUUUAUGAGCUUUAUAAUUAUGUAACACUCAAACGAGAAUUAACAAUGGAUUUAUGGAAUUUAUUAAAUGAAUUGCUAUCACAAAUUGUUCUGAUAUGGCAGAAGCAAAGAAUUGAAAAAGAGAAAGCAGCAGCAGAAGCAGAAAGUUUAUAUAAGGGCAAUAUAAACGUUAAUGGGCAAAUGUUGACUGAAGAAGAAGAGAUAGAUGAGCAAUUAAGACAUUUAUUUCCCUGCAAACAUGAUCAUGACUUUGAAGGUAUUGACGACAAACAAACUCUUGAACAGAGAAAAGAAACUAAUGAAAAUCUCCAGUUGUAUGCAGAAUUAAUUACUGAACAUGAUCUUCUAGAAGUUUAUAAACUUCAUUCGCAAAUAGUUAAAUCAUUUAUUCCGGCAUUGUGGAUGAAAAAUUCUAAUACAUCAAUUGAACGUAAUUAUAUUGAUCCUUUCAUUCAAAGAUUUUCUCUUUUCACUUCAUUGUACUCACAAGUGGAAAAGUCUCUUUCGUCACAGUUGUCUACGAAAUUAUAUAUCAGUUUCAAUGUUUUAGCAUCAAUUGCAGUCUCCAUGAAUUCUGGAGAAACAUUAAUUGAUAGCUCUAAUAAUGCUAUCGAUGACAAAAAAAAAUCUUACGAUUUUUAUACAAGUAGUAAUAUUGCAGAAGUAAUACAGUGCAUACUAAUUUUAGAUGGCAUAAUAAAUAGAGUCAAAGAUUAUUUAGAAGAAUGGCCUGAGCAUCCAACUUUACAAUCAAUAUGUAUAAUUAUUCAGAGAAUAAAAACUUUUCCGGUUACAUCAUCAGUCUCUCGGUUUCUCACAGGUCUUGAGCUUCUUGCGAGUAAAAUACGUGAAUGGCAAGAAAACGCACACAUUGGUGUCAGUUUACACGAAUAUUCAGCUUCGUUAACCCAACAGAUCAUUGACUGGCGAAAAUUGGAAUUGAAUUGCUGGAAGAAUUGUUUAGAUUCCACUCUGGAACGAUUAAUGGCGAAAGCUUCUAAAUGGUGGUUCUUUCUUUAUUCUCUUAUAAACUCAUAUGUGAAUAAAAUACCUUUAAAAGAUGAUUUUAUAGGCAAUUCUAGGACUAUGGAUUUAGCAGAAGGUGAAAAAGAUGAUAAAAUAACAUUGAAGAAAUUGAUUGAAUUGUUAGAAAAUUUUAUAAGUCAAUCUACUCUUGCUGAAUUCGAAGUUAGACUUGAUUUAUUAUUAACAUUCCAUUCUCAUGUAUUUUAUUUAAAACCUAGUAGUGAGAGACAAGAGCUUCUUGCAGUAUUUUGGAAUAUUUAUCAAUAUUAUAAAAAAUUUUCAACAGAUAUCAAAACAAAAAUAAAUUCUGUAAAAGCUCCAAUUGAAAAGAAGUUACGAGAUUUUGUUAAAAUCGCUCGCUGGAAUGAUAUUAAUUAUUGGUCAGUAAAAACAACUGUAGAAAAAACACACAGAAAUUUACUCAAAUUUAUUCGUGAAUAUGAAACUGAACUCAAUCAAAAUAUAAGUGCUUGUUUGAUUAUCAAACCAACAAAUUGCUCUUCAGAAAUACAUAUAAAUAGUAAUGAUAUUUAUAUCAAUCCAGACUAUUUUAUAAUUCUAGAUAAUAAUGAAAAUGACAUUAAAAUAUCAAAUAUAGAUAAUUCAUUAAUUGAAAGAUCAAAUUUAUUAACAAAAAAGGCAAAAAAGCUAUGUAAAGAAACUAUAUUAAUGUCAAUGUAUCCAGGAUUACGAGUGGAAAUAGAUCAUUUAAUUGGAGAAUUUAUGAAUCGAAGCAUUGAACUUAAAAAUAUGGAAGUAGAUCGAACUUUACCAAAACAAAAACAAAAAUCACAUGCAAAAAGUAUUCUUCAACAAAAAAAACUAGCACUUGCUGAUUACUUUAAAACGCUAACAAAUAUUGGACUUUCAUAUCGAAAAGGUUUAAUAGCUUGGCAAAAUAAACAGAAUGAAAUUUUUGACAUGACUAUACCACCUCUUGAUGUUGCACAUGCAUUUCAGAAAUUCGAUCAUCUUCAAGAUGCAGAUAAUGAAAUUUUGGCGUAUUGGGAUGGCUGUGAAAAGUAUUAUUAUCAAUCUUGUAUCUAUUUACAAUCUUUAAAUAGUACUUUUGUUAAAAAUCAAACUGAUCUAGGACCUCAGAAUAUAGAAAGAUGUCGAGGAUUUUCAAUUCAUCUGCUAUCUAUAGCUCAAAAGCAGAAAAAGUUUCUAACAAAACAUAUAGAAGAUUAUGUAACAUUAAGGAAACAAAUAAUCAAUUUAGAAAAGCUAAAGAAUAAUAAUGAUAUUGAUCUUCCAAGUAACGACGAUAUAUUAAACUGUGCUAAUGAAUUAAAUCAACUCGCAAUUUGUUUAUUGACUGGAUUUGAACAAAUAGAUAUCUAUUUCCAGACUUGUCCCCAAGAAAAUAUUUUUGAAUUAAAAGAAGAAAUCUUGAUCUUAGAAGUAAACGAAAUACCAAUGGUUAAUGCAAUUAAAGAUGAUCCAGAUUGGAAAAAUGGUGAUUAUUUAAUAAACAAUGCUAUUAAAUUAAUCAAUUCUAUGAUUUCAACGUAUGAUGAAUUAUUUUUAAAUAAUUCUGUAGUUGUAAUUCGAAGUGGUCUUCAUUUUAAUUUCUUAAAACAAUGUUACAAACAUGUUGAAAAAAUAGUGAAAAUAAUUGUAAAACUUGAAAUGAUGUUUAGUAAUGAAAACGAAAAAGGUCAUCCAAUAUUAAUGACCAUGGAGUUCUUAAAAACAAGAGCUGAAGAAUGGAUUAAAACAUUUGAUGCAACAAAAACAGUUAAAAGUCUUUAUUCUUCAACAGAAACAAAUAAUGAUGUAGAAAAAGUAAAAAUAGAAGUGGAAGAGCUUGUAAUGAAAAUUUUAGUCAUGAUACAAGAGAAGUAUAAAGAAGCUACAACACAAAGUGAUGAAUCACCUGAUGAUGAGUUAAAAGUGAAUAAAAACGUUAAUGAAGAAGAUGAAAGUGUGGAAGACGGCAAAGAAAACUCACAGCUAGAAGACAAUGGAUUUCGUGAGAAAUUAAUUGAGUCUCUUGAAAAAGAUAUUAAGAAUCUGCAGCUGGAGGAAGUAAAUAAAAAAUUGCAAUCUCUUCUUCAAAGUAUUCUUUCUUUAAAUCCUGUUUAUUCUCCAAUUUAUUAUUCUAUGAUAAUAAAAAUUUUUCCGAUUUUACAACAAUUUAUUUUGUUUUCUCAAUUUUACUUGAAUGAGCAAGUAGCUGUUUUUAGGACGACAUGUAAGAUUUUAUAUCUUCAACUUAAUGUCUUUUUAGAUUUAGCUACUAAAGGAUUUUGUAUGCCAAAAGAUUUAGAUUUGGAGGAAGAAGAUGCAGAUGGAGAAAGUACAGAACGGGAUGUAAAUGCUGGAGGAAUGGGAUUAAGUGAUGGAGAAGGAAAAAAAGAUGUUUCAGAUAGGAUCGAGUCUGAAGAUCAAUUAGAAGAUGCUCGACCUGCUGGAGAAGAAAAAGAACAAGAAGAAGAUAAAAAUUGCGAAGAAGAAGAAGGUGGUAUUGAAAUGUCUGAAAAUUUUGAUAGUAAAUUGCAAGAUAUUGAGAAAAAAAAUGAUAGUGAUGAUGAAAAUAAAAGCGAUGAUGAGGACGAUAAUGAUGAAGAUCUAGACAAAGAGAUGGGAGAAACGGAGAAGGGUGCUGAGCAACUUGAUGAAGAAAUAUGGAAAGAUGAUGAAGAGUCUGAUAAUGAAGAGGAUAACGGUAAUGAUACUGAAGAGCAAGGAAGAGGAGAAGCAAUUGGAGAAAAAGAAUUAAGUGCGAAAGAUGAUUCUAAGAAUCACGAAGACAAUAAAAAUGAUGAAAACAAUGAUCGUAAUGAUGAAAAAAGUCAAAAGAAAAAUGAAAUUGAUGAAAUGAAUGAACCGGAUGUGAAUGAUGAUCAAAUUGAUCCAUAUCAUGGAAACGAUAAUACCCAGCCAGAAUGUAUGCCAAUGGAUUUGCCAGAUGAUUUGAAUUUGGAUGAAGAUGAUGAUGAAGGUAAGGAAAAACCAGAAGAAAAUGAAGAGAAUCCGUUCGAUGUCGAUCAAAUGAAAGAAUGUAUUUCUGAAGAAAAAGAUCAAAAUGAAGAAGGUGAAGAAAAACAGAUGAAUGAAGAUGAAAAUAAUAAAGAAGGUGAAGAAUCCAGUGAUGAGGAAAAUGGAGAAUCAACUGAAAAUCUUGAAAUAAAAAAUUUAGAUGCUGAAGAAUCUGAGGAUACCGAAAAUCCUAAUCAACAAACUCCUGGUCAUGAAUUAGAUGAUAAAAAAGAUGAUGAGAAGGAAAAUAAAGAGGAGUCAAAUAGCGAGCAAACAGCUCCAAGUAUUCAUGAUCAAAGUAAGGAGACAGAUGCAGCUGAUCAAGUAGAAAGUAAACCUGAUGGAUCGAGAGACAAAGUUCCAAAUGAAUUUAAUGAAGAAAAAAAUUCGCAAAAUCAAGAUAUUUCUGAGAAAAACGAACAUAAUGAUGGAAACGAUAAAGGAACCGGCCAAGCACAAUCUCAAGAGCAGAAUGAAGGACAUUUAGGUUCAGUGAUGGAACAAAAUAUGCCAAUUCAACGAAAUGGAGAAAAACGGCCGUUAGAGAAACGAAAAAAUCCUGGGAAAAGUGAUGAAGAUCGAGUUUUAAUGGAUAAUUUACAACCCAAUAUAAAAAAACAGAAAAUAAUGCAGUUUGACAAAAAAUCAGAACAGGCAGAAAACAGUGAAGAAGGUUUUGAAGAAGACAAUAAAAGUAAUAUAGAUAUGUGUCAACAUGUUAAAGAUUCUGAAAAAUUCGAUGAUUGCGCAAUUGAUACAGCUACUGAAGAACAAGUAAAAAAACAAAAGAUAGCAGAUGAGAAUGAAGAAGAUAAGGAAAAUAAUGAUGUAGAAUCAAAUCUAGAUAUGCACAUAGACAAUGAUGAAAUUAUUCAAGAGGAAGUACAAUCAUUAAAGUCUGAAGUAACUCCUGAGAAUGAUAAAAAUAAGAAAAAUUUCCAAUCAGAGACUAAAAAUAUGAAUGAAGAAGAAAUUGGUUCUCAUGCAGAAAAUAAAGUUGAAGUAGAAGGAGAGUUAGUUCAAACAUUAACUGUUUCAAGAAAACAAGAAUCUGCAUUUUAUACACAAAAAAUUGGUGAAAUAGAUUCACUCGUAAAUUUGUCACAUAUAGAGCGAAAGAGACUUGAAGUAGAACAAAUGUUGCGCCAAUGGACUUAUACUCCAUCAACACAAGAAGCAUUAACUGCUUGGAAUUGUCUAAGUGCCGUAACAGAAACUCCGGCAAGAGAUUUAUCGGAAAAACUGAGACUUGUACUAGAACCAACACAAGCAUCAAGAUUAAAAGGUGAUUAUCGAACAGGAAAAAGAAUAAAUAUGAGAAAAAUUAUUCCCUAUAUAGCAAGUCAAUUUAGAAAGGAUAAAAUAUGGUUAAGAAGAACUAAACCAUCAAAGAGAGACUAUCAAAUUAUUUUAGCUGUAGAUGACAGCAGUAGUAUGGCUGAUAAUCAUUCAAAAGAGUUAGCUUUUGAAUCACUUUCUUUGAUUAGCAAAGCUAUGAGUUAUUUAGAAGUUGGUCAACUGGGUGUUAUUAGUUUUGGAGAAUCUCCUAAAGUGCUACAUCCUCUUGGGGAACCAUUUAAUGAACAAAGUGGUGCUAGACUUAUUCAAGAAAUGCAAUUUGAUCAGAAGAAAACAAUGAUAGGACAGCUGGUUGAUUUUACUGUUGACAUAUUUGAAAGUCAAGUAAACUCAAGAGAUAAUGCAAAGCUUUUAGUAGUAUUAUCUGAUGGUCGAGGUGUUUUCUCAGAAGGAUCUGACUAUGUUAACCAAGCUGUUCGAAGAGCUAAACUUGCCAAUAUCUUUUUGGUAUUUAUCAUUGUUGAAAGUCCAUUAAAUAAGGAUUCAAUUCUGGACAUUAGAAUGCCAAUAUUUGACAGUGGAAGAUUACUGGAAAUACGCUCAUACAUGGAUGAUUUUCCAUUCCCAUUUUAUAUGAUUCUUAGAGAUAUUAAUGCUAUGCCUGGAGUUUUAAGUGAUGCUUUGAGACAGUGGUUUGAAGUUGUCGGAAAAAUUGAUACGUGAUAAGUGAAUUUUUAAAAUAAUCAAUCAUUGUUUAUUCUUAUUAUAUUUUGAGUGAUUUUGUAAAAGAUUUUUGUCUAUUUUCCUACUAUAGUCAUGUAUAUUAUAAUUAAUAACAUUACGAUUGAUGUUUUUGCUCAUGGUUAUAAUUUUUCAUAAAUUUAGGUUUUUCAAGCACUUAUUGUUUUUAUUAUCAAGCUUUUUUUGAAUUAUUGAUAAGAUAGAUUGUCGAUAACAACGAAAUCAUACUAUAAAUUCAUGAUACACUAUCUUGUUCCAUCAGAUGAAAUUUUCGUUAUCUAUUUGAACAUCAUUACACAAAUAUUUUUGGAACAAGUUUUUGAAUUUUGAAUUUUUCUUCAAAUGAUAUAAUCAUUUCUAUAAAACCUACAAUUUCUUAUGCUGAAUAUAAUAUUUGAACAUUUUAUAUUAAUAAAUUAAUUUUCAUGUGAUUUCUCUUGAGAACAUAGGUUUCAAUUUAAAACUAUCAUGUAAAUAAGAUAAGAUUGAGGGAGAUUUAAAUACAAAAGAUGUGUGCAUUGUAAU